CAACUUGUCAAAGUGUCUGAGAGGGCUGGAAGGGAGGCGCCACGGUGGCAGAUUGAACUACACUUCCCGGCGUGCCGUGCGCGGCAGCGUGACCCGGAAGUGUCUGCACGUGUGGUGUGAUGGCUGCCUGCAGAGCGCUGUGGAGGGCUGCGGUGGACCUGUCUCGCCCCCGGUGGGCACCGGCGAGGAGUUACGCCAAGAAAGCGGUUGUGAAGGGGAAGGGGAAAGGAGUUGCCAAAGAAGUUCUUAAAGGACCUGAAAUUUGCAAAGACCCAGCAAUCUUGACUACACAUGCUAUGGGGGUCAAUAUUUACAAAACUGGGCCAGAAGUGAAAUUAAAAGAUGAUUCUGAAUAUCCUGAAUGGUUAUUCCAGAUAGAUCUAGGACCACCAAAAACAUUGGAAGAGCUGAAUCCAGACACACCUCAGUAUUGGAGGCUGCUCCGCAAGUUGCACAUGUGGAGGAACAACAGACUUGCCAAGAACAAAAAAUUUUGAUUGGUAGACAUGAGGCUUGAAAGACACUAUUCCACUGUCAUCACUGGCACUUGCUGUUUUCAGUGGGUCCUCCUGUCCUCUUUACACGAACCCAAAUAAAUUAUUUUUUACUUUGCAAAUCAGGAA